CAACACAUCACAUGGAAAUAAUACACUACUCUCUCUCGGACUUAGAACCAAACAUUUCAAAUUAGUUUAAUCUACAAUACACUGCUCCAGCCGAAUCUUUUUCUCUCAUCAACCGCAGAGAAAGACUUUCAAGAUCAUCCUUCAAGCUCUCUCAAAUGGCCAAUUUCUAUGAGAAUUACCAGAUUCCUUACGAUUACAAUCAGGUUAAUAAUCUCUACGAUCAAAAUCAUUAUCAUUACAACCAACAGCAGCAGCUUGGUUUCGAACCAAUGAGUUAUAAUUAUUAUAACUGGAAUCAAUCUGAAUCUGAAUCUGAAUCUGUUGCUUACUCUGGUUAUGAUGAUCCAAUGAGUUAUAAUUGUUAUAACUGGAAUGGAUCUGAGUCUGAGACAACCUCUGCAUCUGUUGCUUACUCUGUUUCUACCAUGUCUGAGCCUAAACACUUGUUCUAUGAUCCGAAUCUCUAUACAACGUACGAAUCUCCUCCUCAGUUUAGUAUCUAUCGCUCUGUAGCCUCUGCUCUUGACUUCAACGAGCCGGAAUUCGAUGAUUAUGAUCCGACGCCGUACGGUGGUGGCUACGACGUUGUUGCAACCUAUGGAAAACCUUUUCCUCCAUCGGUGGAAACUUGUUACCCUUCUUCAACCCCUCCUAACGCUAAAGCUCCCUCUCCUCCUGAGAUUAUCGCUCCUGUUCCUCUUGGAAUUUAUGAUGGUGGUCAAAAGAAUGUUAUCAAGAAACGUGUGUCUUUCGCUGAACCGGUAGAAGAAGCCAAACCAAUGGAAACCAUUAAAGAAGAAGAACAAGAACAAGACGAAGAAGAUGAAGAAGAAAGUGAGGAAGACGAUGAUGAUGAUGUUGAUGAAGAAGAGGAUGAGGAAGCUAAAGAAGAAGAAAGAGAUCACAUUUCAAGCUAUGGAAAUGAGAAAUUUGCAGCUGUAGAUAAAGGAGAAGUGAAAGCUUUGUAUGUUCCGUCUGGUUACGGCUUAGAAGCAACGGAUCUCUGUGAGGUUAUAUUUGGAGGUUACUUUCCUUGUGUGUUACGUAACAAAAGACGUCAGGAAGAUGAACAAGAUCGUGCAGCUGCUGUUUCUUGCUGGGAAAGCAACGAUUCUGAUCCGUGGAAGACGACUUCCGAUUACCUUUUCGGGGAUUCAUACCCGUACGGUAACGAGAAUUGGAGCGAAAGAAGUAAGUUCGAGAUCUCCUCUUAUGGUUACCGGAUGUAUUAACUACCCUAGUUAUCAUCAGAUGUGUCAAUGUGAGGUAAGAACAACAUUCUUUUGAUUAUGAACCUGAUUUAUUAGUAUAUCUUAUACAAGAGAUAAGAUUUACUGUUGUAUAAUGAGGAGGGAUUACUUAAUAAUAAAACUUUGCACGCAAA